CGAGAAUUAUGGGAUAAAAGAGUUCUAAAGAGAAAAAUCAUAAUGCACCUGAUGGUCAAAUUUCGAAUUUCUAAAGUCACAUUCAAAUCACGAGAGAUCCCAAAACCGGGAAAUUGCUGGGUGUUCCAAAAGAAUGGGCGGAUUUGAACGGUCUCAAACUUGAAAUAGGUUGAAUCACACAUAAUUAAUUUCAGAUCAAAACAAAACUGUGGAGACAAAGAAUCUGCCUGCUUCAGUUUAACCAUCAGAACUUCCAGAGGCAAUCCUUGAUUUGAUCAAUGAACCUAUAAUGAGUGCACCUUUUAAUUUGGAACAUAAAAUUCAUAUUGAAAUAGAUCCCACAGCACAAUUAGGUCUCAAAGGUCUCCCACCUGAGUGGAUUGAAAAACUCUAGAAAGCUGAUCUCUAGAAGGAAGAUAUCGAGUAAAACCCAUAAGUUAUGAUCCAAAUCAUUUCAAAUUACGAAGAAGGUGUCUACAGACAAACCAAACUGACCUUGCCAACAAACGACGAAUUCAUUAAAUAAGUGAUGGACAUCAAAUUCAUAGAGCAAGAUCCAUCUAUACUGUAUAAGUUUACAGAAUAAUUGGGGAAGGGAGCGAUGUGUAAAGUCUACAGGGCAAUACACAGGAAUACAAAUGAUGAAGUGGCAGUGAGAGUGAUGAAAAUCGGCAAUGAUAUGCAGAGAAUCAAGGUGGAAAUAGCAUUGAUGAAAAUGUGUGCAAAUCAAAAUAUUGUCAAAUAUUAUGAUUCAUACAUCUAUCAAUCAUGUUUAUUCAUGGUUGUAGAAUAUUUGGAUGGUGGAUGCUUGACGGAAAUAAUAUAUUAGAACUUUAAAUCCAUGAAAGAACCUGAAAUUGCAUAUAUAUGCGGGGAGAUUCUCUCUGGUCUCAAUUACAUGCACAAAAAGAAAAAGAUACAUAGAGAUUUGAAGAGUGACAAUAUUCUGAUGAAUAAAAAAGGGGAAAUCAAGAUUGCUGACUUUGGAUUUGCAACUCAAUUGACAGCAGAAAGAUAACAUCGAAAGUCUGUUGUAGGUACACCUGCUUGGAUGUCACCUGAAUUGAUAUUGAAAUAAGAUUAUGAUGAAAAAGUAGAUAUUUGGAGUGUGGGAAUCAUAGCAAUAGAAUUGGCUCAAGGGGAACCCCCUUAUUUACGAGUGCCUCCAUUGAAAGCCAUGUAUUCAAUUACUGCUAAUGACGCACCACGAUUGCCAAAUAAAUUCUCAAAAUAAUUCCAAGAAUUUAUUGAGAAAGUCUUAGACAAGAAUUCUAAAACCAGAUUGACUGCUGAAUAAGCUCUCCAGUUGCCCUUCUUCAAAAAUAGAAACAAAGAAGGAGUCUUAUAGAUGAUACUCAAUAAGAAAAACAUCCCUUUAAAUGAAUUAAUUAAAUAAGCUCCAAAAUGA